AUGCGGGGCUGGAAGGGCUUCUCCGCCCGCCCGCUCCUCCUCCUGGCCGCGCUGCUGGUGGCGGAGAGCUCCCCGCUGGACGGCGCCAAGGUGAACUCCAUCAAGGCCACCCUCAUGGGCGAGGCGCCCACCCAGGCCACCAACCGCUCGGCGCCGCUCCACCUCGGACUGGCGGCUCUGGGGGGCGGCAAGAAGGGCAAGAUCCUGGGGCAGGGCGGCAAGGCGCUGAAGCACUACCACCGGCAAGGCGAGGCUUACCCUUGCACCAAUGACAAGGAAUGUGAAGUGGGGAAAUACUGCCAUAGUCCCCAUCAAGCUACUUCUGCCUGCAUGAUUUGUAGGAGGAAAAAGAGGCGUUGUCACAGAGAUGGCAUGUGCUGCCCUGGAAACCGUUGCAACAAUGGUAUCUGCAUACCAGUGACCGAAAGCAUUCUCACGCCACAUAUCCCAGCCCUGGAAGUACCCCGCAACAAGAAAAAUAAUCAUUAUCCCAGCAAGGACUUGGGCUGGCAAAAUCUAGGGAAAGGGCAGUCCAAGUUGACCCACAUCAAAGGUCAUGAAGGAGACCCCUGCUUAAGGUCCUCCGAUUGCACCGAGGGGUUCUGCUGUGCCCGUCAUUUCUGGACCAAAAUCUGUAAGCCUGUCUUGCACCAGGGGGAGGUGUGCACCAAACAGCGCAAGAAAGGAUCCCACGGCUUGGAGAUUUUCCAGCGAUGUGACUGUGCCAAAGGGCUGUCUUGCAAAAUCUGGAAAGAUGCCACCUACUCUUCAAAAGCCAGACUUCACGUGUGCCAGAAGAUCUGAUGAUGCAGAUCCUGUAACCAACCAAGGCCAUGGACCCUAUGUACUGAGUGCAUUGCAGCAUUGUGGAACAUAAGGAUAGCAAAUAGGAGCAGAAUGACGGAAAUGACAACUGUGGCAGGAAUAAGCAUCAUCUUAGACUAAAUGACAAGUCUGCCCUGGAGAGGAAUGCCAAGGCAGCUGGGAUGUCUUAAUUAUUCAGUGUCAUUCUGCCAGUGGUGCCAAAUCUUUGUGGAAAGCACAACGCCAAUGACGUUUGAAAUUGACCCUGCUAGAUGUAUGACCUGUGACUUCUCAACAAGUUGU